AUGUUGACAUUAAGCAGUGGUCAGAUUCUAGGAUGGACUGGCUUGGUUAAAGUCGAUGGCAAUACCUUUGUCUGGAUGGGGAAACCCGACGGCUACAACGAUUUCGCUAAUCAGACAUCAUACGAGUACACGUCUACCAAGAGCAUCUUCACCAUUACCGCAGGCGAUACCGUUCAGCUCAAGGUUACAUUCAUGUCACCACUGACUCCAAAUGACUUCAAGCGUCAAUCUCUUAUCUUCUCGUACAUGAACGUCGAGGUCUCGUCUCUAGACGGCUCCCAACAUGACGUGCAGAUCUACACAGAUAUCAGUGCUGAAUGGACGUCUGGUGAUGUCGCUGCUGUAGCUGAGUGGAGUUACGGUACUACAUCAGAUGGUAUCGGCUAUCACAAGAUCUGGAAGCAAAACCAACAGUCUUUGAGUGAGGUCAACGACCGCGCAGAGUGGGGUAGUUGGUAUUAUUCCACAGAAGCAGUCGAAGGUCUUACGCACAAGUCCGGCGCAGACUCUGAAGUUCGCGAUGCCUUUGACAAUGAUGGAAGCCUCGACAACACGGAAGACUCCGAAUUCCGACCAAUUAACGCUGAGUGGCCCGUGUUUGGAUACGCUCUAAACAUGGGUUCCGUCGGUUCUGACGUGAAGAGCCAGCUGUACACUAUCGGUCUAUGUCAAGACGAUGCUAUACAGUUUUUAGGCGCCGACGGCCUCAAUAACGUGCCAUCACUCUGGAAGAGCUACUUCGAAGACGAUCUCACCGCGCUAUCUUUCUUCUACAAAGAUUACGAAGAGUCGAACAAACUCUCCACGGAGCUCGACGAUAAGAUUUCUAAGGAUUCCAAAGCAGCUGCAGGAGAUGAUUACGCUAUACUGACUAGCUUGGCUGCUCGUCAGGCAUUCGGUGCCACUCAGCUUGUGGGGACUCAAGACAAACAUUACCUCUUUCUCAAGGAAAUUUCAUCCAACGGAAACAUGCAGACUGUGGACGUCAUCUACCCCGCCACCCCGAUCUUCUACUAUACCAACCCAGAAUUAGUCAAGCUGUUGCUUGAUCCGCACUUCGAGAACCAGGAAAGCGGGCACUAUCCAAACAAGUUCGCUAUCCAUGACCUUGGAGCGCACUACCCCAACGCUACCGGCCACCCAGACGGUCUGGACGAACACAUGCCGCUGGAAGAAUGCGGAAACCACAUGUUCAUGAUGCUCGCCUACGUCCAGCUAUCAGGCAACACCGACUACAUCACCCAACACUACCCUAUUCUCAAGCAAUGGACCGAAUAUCUUGUAGAAGAAAGUCUCCUCCCAGCCGAUCAACUCUCUACCGACGAUUUCGCGGGCGCACUCGCCAACCAAACUAACCUCGCACUAAAAGGCAUCAUCGGCCUCGAAGCCAUGUCCCAGAUGGCGCGCAUCAUCGGCGAAACAGCAGACGCUGACAACUAUACCGCCAUCGCUCAUGACUACAUCACCCGCUGGAUCGAUCUAGGCAUCAACAAGGCUGACAACUCGCCUCACUCUAUCCUCAACUAUGGAAACGAGACCACACACGGCCUGCUAUAUAACCUCUACAACGAUCGUCUCCUCGGACUCAACCUCGUACCCCAGGAAAUCUACGAUAUACAAUCCGCCUUCUACCCCACCAUCAAGGAACAGUAUGGCGUACCCCUCGACACGCGGAACCGUUACUACACAAAGUCCGACUGGGAGAUCUUCUGUGCUGCGGUAGCAAGUAAGGAGACGAGGGAUAUGUUCAUUGGGGAUUUGGCGAAAUGGGUGAAUGAGACGCCUAACUCCCAUCCUUUUACCGAUCUCUAUCAGACGAAUGAUGGGACACAGCCCCCUGGUAUUGACUUCAAGGCUAGGCCGGUUAUGGGAGGGUUGUUUGCGCUCUUGUUGCUUGAUAGUGAGGGGUUUAGUGCGAGGGAAAGGGUGUUGUGA